AGGAUUCGCCGAUCAUUCGAGCUGUAGGGGAUGCCAAUUCAUCCGAAUUGCGUCGUUUACUCUACGAGGCGAGAUAUUAAUCGUGGGCCGAGACGCUCGCGAACGACGUACAUGUCGAUGUUGACCAGCCUUACUGGGAAACGUCGCUUUUGCGCGCAAUUCGCUGUCAAACAUUGAACAACGUUGAACUUCUGCUUCAAAACAGCGCAGACCCCAACGGCAUUGCUAUAGUAAACUAGCAGGACUACAGCUUCCGUUUCCGACGCGUAGCGAAGAAUCCAUCCAAUCUGGGACGUCCGUAUAUCGGAAUCGAGGCUGAUGAUGUGGGCGUACCGAGCACGCAAACGCUUCCACUCAUGGACAUCGAGAUGUCUCAGCGCAGAACGACACUUUCCCGAUUUUGGUGCGGACCGCGUCUUGUAGCUUUGAACGUCUCGGGACAUGGCGAAAGCCUUCACUCUUUGGUCUUGGCGGCAGGAACAACCAAAACUCUUCUGGACUGCUUGAUUGCUGCUGGUGCAGACAGCAGCUUUUGGAGAACGACGGCCGCCGUGGAAGCGUUGCCAGAGGAGCGCUUACCACCUUCCGCUCUUUGCGUCUCCAUGUCAUUCCAUCAGGCGAUUUCACUUGGAAAGAUAGCCAUGCUCAGGUCGUUGCAUGAACGUGAAUUCGACCCGUAUGCUCGCGCUUUGAUCGCUGGUUGUCAAGCAUUUUUGCCAUUGCAGCACGCCGUCAGGAUCGGCAAUCUCGAAGCAUGCAAGACCCUUCGCGAAUUUCCGUCACUUGACACCUCGCUACUGACGCCAGCUUACAGGAUUCAUGUCCUUCGUUUAGCGAUAGCACAACUGGAUGUCGAAAUGCUCACCUUGCUCGGAGUACCACUCUGUGCUGCACCACCGACAGCCCUGGGCCAUACACUCGGGCAUGUCCCAUGUAUGCCGCUAAGCAUGGUACAUGUACAGUCCUUUGCGCCCAAAGUCCGUCAAUCGAUUCACGAUGUGCGCCGCUUGAACUCGGGAGAUCGGGCACAGGAUCAGCUAGAUGUCGAUACGCUUUUUAGCCAGGACCGUGCCCCGCAGCCACUCCGAACCGAUACCCCCGAAUGUGACGGCCCAGGCGAUACUGUCGUGAAUGGGCACCAGGAAAGUGUCUUAUCCUUGAGCAGACGUCUCGGUAGCGAUGCAAGUCGAUACAACUUUGAGGUGCCGGAUGUGGAUUUCUUCGAUGCACAAGUGACCAUCAUGAAGAUGCUCGUGGAAGAUUCGGGCAUAGAGAUCGCAUGCACUCAGGAUUGGCUCGGCAAUACACCAUUACAUUUUCUCGCUUCCGGAAGACUAGUCAACGACAACUUAAUUGCCUGGCUCCGAAAGCAUCCCGAGGCCGAUGACCGCUGGAAAAACACAAAGAACGAGUUCGGCCACCGUCCGAAAGAGCUCUGGCUCGGCGAUAUCACUGUUGUUGAGCCUGGCAUUGCGCCACAGCGUGCUGGAGAACGACCUGCUCGGAGAAAUUUCGUGGCAGCAUAUAGGACCGGUAGGGACAAGGGCAUCUCAUUGACCCAUGAAGCCUGGUACGAUAGACACGACGAGUAUCAUAAAUUCUGAGAUCGAGCCUGCAGUGAUAUAUGUACUUUUAUGUGCAUCUCAGGCGCAUGAUUUGGGUGAUCUUGAGAUGGAUGAUGGUCACAGAAUGUCACGCAGCGGGAGUUGUGAAGAACGAGCCGAUGUGGCGCCCUACUGCUGUGUUAUGAGCGGAUUUCGUAUUCAAUCGAUCGUGAGCUGGAAAUCAAAUGCUCAUCUCGGUAAGUCGUUAGACGAAACCAAAUUGUUCAUGAUUGUGGUAAAGUGAGACUGCACGAUUAGGUACCGGAAGAUUGAGGAUAGUUACAUACCCUCGUUCGACGAGCUGCUUCCUCUGUGUAUUACGAUAGCUUUCGAGAGUGGUCCGCCUUCCUCACCACUGCGGAAGCUUUUCGUCCCGCCUGUGAUAGCGUUG